AGAACCUUCUUGCGACCUCGGAAUCGGGCUCUCCGGCAGUGAAACGCGGCGAACCCAUCGAUCCCCACACCAAAUCUUAUCCAUUCCCCACGGGAAGGUGGGAGGAAAGCCCUCCAUACCCGCUCUCUCCAAAUACCCCGUUUUCUUGUCUCUUCCCCCUGAAUGCACACAUGCAAAGCUCAGAUAUAGAGUUUUAUAUACCCCGGAGCUCUCUUUCGCAGUACUCGACAGGCCGCACUACUACCCUUUCAUUUCACAGGAUGGCGGACCAGCAAUCCCCAGCCUCCUACUACAUGAGGGAGCUCCCGAGAGAGCAUCUCAUAGGCUAUGAUACGCCCGAGGGGAAACGCCUAUUUGCCAAGGCAUUAGCCGAAGGUGGAUUAGAGGCUUUUUUUCCCCUCUCACAGCAAUUUCUUACGGUAUGUCCUAACUAAACGGUAUGGUUUUGACUGGCAUUGGUGACUGAGAUAAUUGUGGACAGCAAAAUGAGCCGGCUUGUUUGUUUAGCCCCCGCCCCAUCUUUAGAGUCAAGUGAGGACAGGCUGAUCCCCGCGCAAACUCCCAUUAGAUUGCGGGAUUGGAACUCUGUGCAUGAUUCUCAAUGCUCUGAAAGUUGAUCCAGCCGUUACCUGGAGAAAGCCAUGGAGAUGGUUCACCCAAGGUAGGUAUACCAGGAUUUUUCCUUCUUUUCUUCGGGUGCCCCAUACUUACACUGAGAGUGGGAUAUAGAGAUGCUCGACUGCUGUCAGCCCUUGGAAGUUGUUAAAGAGAACGGCAUAACGCUAGCUGAAUUCUCCUGCCUGGCAUCGUGCAAUGGUCUCGAGGCGGUAACUCGUUUCGCGGACUCCACGUUCGUCCACUCUCCUGGUGUUGAUCGGGUAAAUGUAACCCGUGCAUUUGGAAACAGGUCCUUCGAAGCUUUCCACCAGGCUGUGAAAGCCUGCACAUUCUCUUCAGAUCAGCUGAUGGCCGUGUCUUACUCGAGAGCAUCUCUUGGCCAAACUGGUGUGGGUCAUUUCUCGCCUGUUGGUGGGUAUACUUCUGAGAAUGGCGGGAUGGUCUUGAUAUUGGACGUUGCACGCUUCAAGUAGGAAAUCGACAAGCUCUCGAAAACUAAGAUAUAUAGAUACACGUGUCCUUCUUGCUAAGCGGGGAUUUCACAAACUUAUAUAGGUACCCGUCUUACUGGGUCCCCAUCAGGAUGCUUUUCGAAGCGUUAGUACCAAAAGAUCCCGCGACCAACCAGCCGAGGUAUAGUGCACGAUCUCCCCCUCCCCAGUUUCUAAUCGCGCCAACCCGCUUUUCAUAGAGGUUACUCCAUGCUCCGCCCCCACCGCACGGACGCCCUCGGUUCCAACCCCACCGGCUCCCUCCUCCGCCUAAACGCAACAAAAUCCACCUGGCCACCCUUAUUCAAACCCUUCUACACAGCCGCCCAAUCCUCUAACACCUACCCCUCCCUCCUUCAAAUACUAACCCACCUCCUCUCCGAGAUCCCCUCCCCCGUAGCCUCCCGCUCUCCCGAAGGCCCGCCCAAUGCCCCCCCAUCCCUCCACUGCCGCAGCGCACCGGCCCUCCUCGCUAGCGUCGAGAACAAACUCACCUACGAGCGCCACAUAGACUCCUUCCUCGCUCACCUCGAAGCUAAGAGCUCUAUGUAUGCUGGGCUGGACGGGGAAUUCACCAGGAUGGAGAAGACCGUUUUCCUGCUGAGCCUGCUUGGAAUGCAGACCUUUUUGGGGGUGCUUGCACCCGCGGUUAAAAAAGCGGUGCUCGAGGCGGUCGGAAGGGAUUUGGAGGAUGAGUGGGUUUGCAGCGAGGUUAUGGCGGUUAGGAGGCAAAUGGAGAGUGUUGAGAAGUGCUGCCGGGAGGAGAGGGAGUGUACAUGCGCUGCUACCGCUGGUGGGGCUAUUACUUUGAGAUAA